CACUUGGUCGGCAACGUUCGACUCGGAUGGUCGUACUCAUAUGCCCGUUUACGCGGUUUUAUAUUCAAAAGUAACUCAGUGAAUGGAAAUUCAAAAAAACAAAAAAAAAGAGAAAGGUCGUGCAACAAUUUAUUCAAAUUUUUUGACUUAUUUUUUUUUUUUUAUAAAAAAUUAUAAUUAAAUUAAUAAAUAUUUUUUAAUAAUGUGAAUUGUUUAUUUAUCUGUGAAUUGUGAAUGUUAUUAAUAUUGUGGUUUAACGAUUUUAACAUUACUGUGGUUAUUGUCAUUAAAUAAAUUUGUUAUUGUAUUUUUUUUUUUUUAAAUAAUUGUGAGGUGCGCAUAACUGGAUAUCAUUGAUGGAUUAGACAUUUUAAAAUAAAGUAUACUGACAAAAAUGAUGCUAAUGUCAGUAAAUGUUUUACUUGAUAAAAGUAAAUUAUUAAUUAAAAAAAAUACUAUAUAUUUGUCUUUUGGAGUAAGUGGUAAUGACCAUGACGAGCAUCGCUGUCGGGCCGGCUAGCCUCGGCACGCCUCCUCCGAUGCUAACGACAAAGAGAUAUCAUCUUCAGCAAGACAUGACCCCAAACUCCUCGUCACCAACGCCAACCAAGAACUAUGAAACGUUGAGUAAAGGAAAAAAAUCAUGGAGUGUACGUCUUGGUUUAUCACGUCAACAUCAAACAUCAGAUGAUGCAACUAAAAAUUGGGGUACAAUAAGUGGUGGUAGUGCAUUAUCACGACAAAUGUUGUAUGGUGAACCAUGGUUAUAUGGUACUGUUAGAUCAACAAGAGGAUGUAUUGAACAUUGUAAUUUUUUAACAGCAUCACCAACAACAACAACAACGACAACAGUAUUACCAUCACAAUUAACUGGUUCACCAAUACUUGUUAUAUGCUCAUGUCCAGAAUUUUUAAGUGGUACUACAAGAAAAUUAGGUAAUUGUAAAAAAUGUGGUGGUCACAGACUUGCAAGAAUACCAUUGGGUGGUACAUGUAGAAUACCCGAAACAUCAUCAAGAAUAAGACCAAGUCUUGCUGGUGUAUUGAGGCCAUCAGUUGAUGAUCCAUAUGAUUUAAUGCGACGUAAUCGUUUAGUUGAACCACGUUCACGUGCAAAAAGUAUAUCACCUCAUCGUCAAACAAAUCAACGUGAUACAAGAAGUCAAAGUGUUAUACGUUCAACAAUUAAAGAACGUAAAACAACAGCUGAAAAUGUAUCAAGAAGUGAAUGGUUUGAUACAAAUAUUAACUAUGAUAAUUCUUGUCAUAAUAAAACACGUUUAUCAACACCAUCAUCAAUGUCCAAAAAUGAAUGGACUAUUAAUGAUCAAACUGAUGAUACAUCAACAAGAAAUACAACAACAAAUUUAUUAAAAAUAAAUAAAAAAAAUCGCUCAUGGCAACAAGAUCCAAGUAGUGUAUCAUCAUCUGGUACAAUGAUUAAUCAAGAUAAUUGGAAUGAUAAAAUAAUACAAAAUAAUAAUUCAAUUAAUAACAAUAGCAAUAAUAAUAUUGAUUCAAGAAAAAGUAUACUUGAAUGUAAUGUUAAUCCAUAUUUACUUGUUAAAAAAAAAAAUCAAGAUGACGAUGAUGAUUUGAGUGAUGAUUUAUCAGACAAUGAACUUGAACACAGUGUUAAUGUAUCAUCAAGUUUAUUUGAUCCAUCAAAAGUUAAAUCAAUUGAAAGAUUACCAAAUCACAGUUCAGUUGCUGCAAUUGGUGGACAAAGAAUACGUGUUUUUACUGAAAUUAGAGAAUUAUCAUCUGAUGAUGAUAACAAUAAUAAUAAUAGUAAUAAUGAUUUACCAUUAACACGUAUACCAAUUCCAAAAAUAUCACCCAAAAGACCACCAAGAAAACAAAAAGAAAAUAAAUUUAUUAUAAAAAGUAUAUUAAAACGUGGUAAAACAGAUGGUUGUAAUAAAAAAAAUGUUUUUUUUAAUAUAAAUAAUGUUAUAUUAACACCUGAAAAAUCAAAUGGCAUAAUAACAACAUUAAAAAAAUAUAAAAAUAUGAAAAAUAAUAAAGAUGAUAAAAAUAAUAAAUUAAUUAAUGAAACAAAUAAUAAUAAUAGUAAUAGUAAUAAUAAUAAUAAAAUUCAACAAGAUAAACCAAAAUUUAUAACAAUUCCAAAUAUAAAAGAUUUAAAACGUACUGAAAAAAUACGAGAAAAUAAAAAUCAUGAAAUAAAAAUUGUACCAGAUGUUAAAAUAUAUCCAAAAAUUGAACGUAAAAUUAUUAUUGAUAAUAAUAAAAAUAAUAAUAAAAUUAAACCUCCAGAAGUGCCUAUUAGAAAUAAACGUAUUAAUGAAAAAAUUGAUAAAGAUAAUGAUGAUAAUGUUAAUAUAAUUAAUAGUAAUGAUAAUGAUAAUGAAAGUUUAAUUAAAAAUAUUAAUGAUGAUGAUGAUAUUUUGAUGAAAAAUGAAAUUAUUAGAAACGAGGACGAGACUGAUUUGGAAAUUGAAAUUGAAGAACUCAAGGAUCAACAACUACCCGACAUUGGUAGUGAUGAAAAAAAAUUAUUACUCAAGGCUAAUGAUAAUAACAAAAGAUCAAGUUUAACAAGAAGUCAAAGUGACAGAUCAUUGGAAAAACUAGAUAAUUUAUCAUCAAGUAUUCAAUAUUUGGAUACAAUGCGACUGAGUUUACGUCGAGCCAAAGAUUCUAAAGAAGACAACAUAAUAUUGCCAAUAUCAAGUGAAAUAAUUAUUAAACCAAUCGAAUCAACAACAAAAACAACAAAAACAACAACAACAUCAACAACAUCAAAUGAAUUGCCACAAGAAUAUUUUCGUAAAAUGAGACCAACAAGUUGGUCACCACCACCAACCGGUAAAUCAAAACAUUCAUCAUCACGUGAGCGUACAAGUGAUCCAGGACCAUUUGACAAUAAAAUUAUAAUAUCAAAUGACUCCUCAACAACUGAUAAAAAUACAUGGUGUAGCAAUGAUACUGAUAAUAAAUCAAAAAUAAAUAUAAUAUCACCACUUGUUGAAAAUAAUAAUAUAUGUAAAAUAACAGUUACACCAAAAUCAUCACCAUUGAUACAUCGUUUACAAGUUGGUAGUAAUGAUACACAAAAAAUAACAUCAAGAAGAACAUCAAUAUUAAUAAAUGGUGAUUCAACAAAUGACAAUGAUAAUAUUAAAAAUAAUAAUAAAGUUACAAUAAGUGUUGGUGGUGAAAAUAGUGUUUGUAAUCCAACAGUUAUAUCAGUUAAUUCAACAACACCACCAAAAAUUAAAAACUCCAUUGAAAAUAAUCGUACACUUGUUAUACUUGAUAAUUAUAAAUCAAAUAUUGUACUUGAAUCAUCAAUUGACGAUAAUAAUAUUAAUAAAAAAUUAAAUACUGAUGAUAAUAUCAAUAAUAACAAAGAUAAAGAUGUAAUUAUUAAAAAUAAUAAUGAUUAUUUGGAUAAUUCUUUAACAAAAGAAUCAAUGAUAUCAAAAUUAUUAGAGGAUUCAUUAAAAAAGGCUCGUGAAAAUGGUGAGAUACUUGAUGAAAGUAGUGGUGAAGCAAUAUUACGUAUAUUAAAACAAAGUUUAUUAAAAAAUAAACAAUAUGAAAGUUCAGAAUUAAUAAUUAAAAAUGAUGAUAAUAAUAAUUAUAAAAAGCUACCAAUUGAUAAUUCAAAUAUUGAUUUUGUAAGAAAAAAUUUAUUUUUAGAUGAAAAUCCAUAUGAAAUAAUAAAAGAACCAAUUUAUGAAGAAAUACCAGAUGAACCACCACCAUUACCACUAAGUCCACCACCAAUUGAAGAUUUUAUAAAAGAUAAAAUAUAUUUACAAAAUGAUUAUAAAGAAUCAUAUUAUAAAAAAGUUAAUGCUGGACAAUAUUUAGGUUCAUAUUUAACAAAUAAUUUAUUUGUUAAUAAUAAAAAUUCUACAGAUAUUAUUGAAACAAAUGUUGAUAAUUAUUUAACUAAAAAUAGUGAUGAAUUUUUUGAUCAAACAACAUCAGUAUCAUUGUCAUCAUCAGCAUCAUCAUCAUCUGAUGGUAAUUUAACUAAAAAAUUUGAAUUAUUAAAUUUUUUGAUGGAUUCAAAAGAACGUCCAGUGACUGUUGAAGAAGAUGAAUUAGUAGUAGAUGAAGAAGAAGAGGAAGAAGAAGAUGAUGAUGAAGAUGAGGAUGAUGAUGAAGAUGUUGAUGAUACUGAAGGAGAUCUUGAGGCACUUUAUGAACAAAAAGAAACAAGUAUGGGUGAUUUAAGUUCAAAAAGUUCGCAAAUAUCAAAUGUCUCAGACAGCAGUGAAGAAUGUAAUAUCAUUCUUACCAGUUCAACAGAAGCAUCAAAGACACGGACAGUGGAUAUUGAAAGAACUGACAGUGGUGUUGGAUCUGAGAGCAGUCAAGCAAGUAGCAGUAGCCGCGGCGUCGCGAGACGAUGGCGAACAGGAAAUGCCACCAUCUCUUCUGGUCCGGCUAGUUUACUUGGUGGAAUCCCACAGGUCAUAUCCGCUGAUGCGAAACUCUGUGAGGAUUGUGAGCAACGCUUAGAUCCCCUAAUCACUGAUAGUGGAGUCGUUUACGCACCUUUCGUUUGUCGAAAGUGCUCAAAAAAACGAGCAGAAAGAAAAGAAAUAAUAACUGAAAUUGUUGAAACUGAACAAAAAUAUGGUAGAGAUUUAAGAAUAAUUCUUGAAGAAUUUCAUCGACCAAUGUUGAGAGCUGGAUUAUUAACACAAGAACAAUUAUCAGCAAUAUUUUUAAAUGUUGAAGAAUUACUUGAGCAUAAUUUAAUGCUUGCUGAUAAACUUAAAGAAGCUGUAGAAUUAAGUCAAGUAUCUGGUGAUGAAGAUUUAAUAAAUGUUGAUUUAGGUAAAAUAUUUCUUGAAUCAGAAAGAAUGUUACAUGCAUUUGAAAGUUAUUGUACACGUCAAGGUGGUGCAAGUUUACUUCUUCAAAAUCUUGAAAAAGAAAAAGAAUUAUUACGUAUAUUUUUAAAAGUUUCACAAAUGGAAAAUACAGUAUUGAGAAGAAUGAAUUUAAAUUCAUUUUUAAUGGUACCAGUACAAAGAGUUACUAAAUAUCCACUUUUACUUGCUCGUUUAUUAAAAGCAACACCAUCAGUACGAUCAGAUGUACAAGAUGCCAGAAAAAAAUUGGAACAAGCUCAAUCAAAUAUUGAACUUCAUUUGGAGCACAUGAAUGCUGAAGCCAAAGAUGUUACAUCAACAAAACUCUGGCGAAGAAUAUCAAUCAUUCAAAAUGGAAGAAGAUCAAAUGGUGAACAAGAUAUUGUCAAUAUUAAAAUGAGAAAAAUGGCUGUUGAGAUACUUGAAUGGGCACAUGAAGAGGCUAGAUUUGUUUUGGAAGGACGUUUAUUAGUUGCACAACCAACAGAUAAUAAUUGGAAAAGAGGUAGAACAGUUAAACUUGCACCUGUCACUGCAAUGCUUGUUACAAAUGGAAAAUCAAACACUGAAUUUUUGGAUUCAAAUGAUGAUUCUCUAUUUCCAAGACAAAUUGGAAUUAAAGAAGCUACAUUGUUAUUGGUGAAAGAAAAAAUUGGCCGUUACUCACUUCUUCGUGAACCAUUGUGUCUUGAUAAAUGCAUCGUGUGCUGUGAGACAGAUCUUGAAGAUUACUUUGAAAUUCAAGAACUUUCAACAAAAGAAACAUUUAUUUUUAAAGCUGAAGAUGGAGCAAGAACAAAAAGAUGGUGCAGAACAUUGCAAGCACAUGCACAAUCAUUGGGAAGUUGGCGAAGACGUCGUGGCGCACUUCCAAAUAUAAUGAUAUGUGGUGUUGCAAGAAGUUGAGUUAGGUAAUAAUUUAAACUUCAACAUCUGAUAACCAAAUAAAAGCUUCAUAAAAGUUCUUCAUAACUGUUCAGAUAAAUAUAUAUGUAUAUGCAUUUUUUUUCCAUGAAAAAUCAAUACAAAUUGAAGAAAAAAUAAUCGAAAUAUUAUUCAAAUAUAAUUAUUACAAUUAAUAAUUUCUGUUGAUAUAAUUAAUUUAAAUAUCAGAAAUUUAUAAAUUUAUAAAUAAUACGCACAUAAUAUAUUAUAGUAAGGUUAGAUUUUAAUUUAAAUAAAAAAAAAAAAACAACAGAACAAAAUUAAAUAACUAAAUUAUGUUGAGAAAAAAAAAAA